ACUUUAUUUCUCGCUUAUUAUUUUGUAUGAAGAAGCUACAUGUGAAAGGUAAAUUACAUAAAAUUAACAUUGAAAUAUGUUUUCUUCUUUUUAGAUCACUAAACAAAAAUUCCACCAGAGAAAAUGCUGAAAUAGGAGUUUCGGAUACAUGGCAUUUGCUGGAUGAAAUAUAAGCAGUUAAUUUUUGUAACGUGGGGAGAAAGCCCAAAUUGCCAGAUUACAUGUGUAAAUCACUGCGUUAUUGCUUUAGUCAUUGUCUCUAUUUAGCAAUGACAAGACUGGAAGAAGUAAACAGAGAAGUGAACAUGCAUUCUUCAGUGCGUUAUCUUGGCUAUUUAGCCAGAAUCAAUUUACUGGUUGCUAUAUGCUUAGGUCUUUAUGUAAGAUGGGAAAAAACAGCAAAUUCUUUACUUUUGGUAAUUUUUAUUCUUGGUCUUUUUGUUCUUGGAAUUGCCAGCAUACUCUAUUAUUAUUUUUCAAUGGAAGCAGCAAGUUUAAGUCUCUCCAAUCUUUGGUUUGGAUUCUUGCUUGGCCUCCUAUGCUUUCUUGAUAAUUCAGUCUUUAAAAAUGAUGUGAAAGAAGAAUCAACCAAAUAUUUGCUUCUAACUUCUAUAGUAUUAAGGGUAUUAUGUGCUUUGGUGGAGAGAAUUUCUGGUUAUGUCCGUCAUCGACCCAUUUUACUAACCACAGUUGAAUUUUUGGAACUUGUUGGAUUUGCCAUUGCCAGCACAACUAUGUUGGUGGCGAAGUCUCUCAGUGUCAUUUUGCUUGUUGUAGCUCUGGCCAUGUUGAUUAUUGACCUGAGAAUGAAGUCUUUCCUAGCUAUUUCCAAUUUGGUUAUUUUUAUAGUCUUACUGUUUUUCUCUUCUUUGGAAACUCCUCAAAAUCCAGUUGCUUUUGCAUGUUUUUUUAUUUGCCUGAUAACCGAUCCUUUCCUUGACAUUUAUUUUAGUGGACUUUCAGUUACUGAGAGGUGGAAACCCUUUUUGUACCGUGGAAGAAUUUGUAGAAGACUUUCAGUCAUUUUCACUGGAAUGAUUGAGCUUACAUUUUUUAUUCUUGCAGCAUUUAAACUUAGAGACACUCAUCUCUGGUAUUUUGUAAUACCAGGCUUUUCCAUUUUUGGAAUUUUCUGGAUGAUUUGCCAUAUUAUAUUUCUUUUAACUGUUUGGGGAUUCCAUACCAAAUUAAAUGACUGCCAUAAAGUAUAUUUUACCCACAGAGUAGAUAACAACAGCCUUGACAGAAUCAUGGCAUCCAAAGGGAUGCGCCAUUUUUGCUUAAUUUCAGAGCAGUUAGUUUUUUUUAGUCUUCUUGCAACAGCUAUUUUGGGAGCAGUUUCCUGGCAGCCAACGAAUGGAAUCUUCUUGAGCAUGUUUUUAAUUGUUUUGCCAUUGGAAUCCAUGGCUCAUGGGCUCUUCCAUGAAUUGGGUAAUUGUUUAGGAGGAACAUCUGUUGGAUAUGCUAUUGUGAUUCCUACCAACUUCUGCAGUCCUGACGGGCAACCAACACUUCUUCCACCCGAACAUGUACAAGAGUUAAAUUUGAGGUCUACUGGCAUGCUCAAUGCUAUUCAAAGAUUUUUUGCAUAUCAUAUGAUUGAGACCUAUGGAUGUGACUAUUCAACAAGUGGACUGUCUUUUGAUACUCUGCAUUCCAAACUGAAAGCUUUUCUUGAACUUCGGACUGUUGAUGGACCGAGACAUGAUACAUACGUUUUGUAUUACAGUGGGCACACCCAUGGUACAGGAGAGUGGGCUCUUGCAGGUGGAGACAUACUGCGCCUUGACACACUUUUAGAAUGGUGGAGAGAAAAGAAUGGUUCUUUCUGUUCCCGACUUAUUAUUGUAUUAGACAGUGAGAAUUCAACCCCUUGGGUGAAAGAAGUGAGAAAAAUCAAUGACCAGUAUAUUGCCGUGCAAGGAGCUGAGAUGAUAAAGACAAUAGAUAUUGAAGAAGCUGACCCACCACAGCUGGGUGACUUUACAAAAGACUGGGUUGAAUAUAACUGCAAUUCCAAUAAUAACAUCUGCUGGACUGAAAAGGGACGCACAGUCAAAGCAGUAUAUGGUGUGUCAAAACAGUGGAGUGACUAUACUCUGCAUUUGCCGACAGGAAGUGAUGUGGCGAAGCAUUGGAUGUUACACUUCCCUCGUAUUACAUAUCCACUAGUACAUUUGGCAAACUGGUUGUGUGGUCUGAACCUUUUUUGGAUAUGCCAAAGUUGUUUUAGGUGCUUGAAAAGGUUAAAAAUGAGUUGGUUUCUUCCUGCUGUGCUGGACACAGGACAAGGCUUCAAACUUGUCAAAUCUUAAUUUGGAAGCCAAAGUAGAAUAUUGAGGGUUCAUACUACCAGUUAUCACUAAGUUGCCAUUUUUUGUACAUUAUAUUCUUAUUUGUGAAAAACAUGUUGCUACUUCUGUAGCUGCUUUUACUUCAUCUUCUCUCAAGUAAUUAUGGUAUGUAAGAUGUUUGGAAUAACCAUUCUUUUAUACUAAAAGUAUGUGGAGAUUCAAAAAUAAUUCUGACUGUAAAUGAAUAAGAGAUGUUAAAAAUAACUGCACUUUGAGAAAUGUUUGCAUUAGAAAUAAAACACUUGUUUAUGCUCUGCAGUGGCCAAUGAAGAAUUACUCAUGCCUUAUUUUCUAGGCAUAGAUUAGAGAUGGUAGACCAGACAAUUUGUUUACUAUUAUAAGGAAACUACAAAUUUGCUUACAGAAGAUUAUUUUUGUGAACAGUAGGUUUGAGUCCAAGACCAUUUGAAGAAUUACAAACUCUCUUUUUUUGGAAAGAAAAAGGAAGUCUACCAGACAUGCAUGCAAAAUUUGCUUAGAAUAGUCCAUCUAUUCAGGUGUCUUGGUGGUACCCAUUACCAGGAUAGCAGGGAAGCACAAAUCACUGUUUAGAUCAAGACAUUUUUUUUUAUGUUGGUAACAGUAAGAGGCUAGAGCCAAAAAUUGCUCCUUCAUGAAUUGUUGGGGGGCUUCUGAAAAUACUGACAAUUUUAAGAGUCUUUCUCAGGGUAACUGUUUUUUUGUUUGUUUGUUUUUGUUUUUUUAAUGAGCAGUGUUUGAGCUACAAAGUCCUUCCAAAUAAAUUGUCUUCCUUUUUGAAAAGUAAUCCUUAAAUUUAGCAAUUUCUUAUUGAUUUAGGCUAUUUUCAAUAUUCAGAAAUUAUUUUGAUCUCUAUAUAAAGUUCUAAAGUUCUACCAUGAAAAUUAUUUUUCAAAUCUCAAGUAGUGAUAACUUUUUUUUUUACUGAAGAUAAAAAGAUUGGAAACAAGAAUAUAAAUGUAAUAUAUAAAAAUGUAUUCAUUCAUAGUAACAAUUCUAGAUAAGCACAAUGGUGUGGUUGUAAUUUUUAAAACUUAAUUCAUUGUUUGGUCUGAUUAAAGCAAGCAUUGAUCAGGACAGCUUCAAAGAGGUAAUUUACCUCCUAUUCCCUUCUAGUAAUCCUUACAUUCUAAAUUUUUGUCUCUGGGAAAUAACAAGAAGGGAAUGUAAUUACAUUAGGGAAAAUCUAAUCUUUGUUGUUUAAAUGGUGUCACUUCUCACAUCAAAGCCAUUUCUCCAGCCUCAGAGACACAAAAUAAUGCUUCCACCAUUUUCUGUCUGGUGACUUUAAAACUGAAGUUUUAGUUAGGAAAAAGUCACUAAAUGUCUGGAAACUUGUAUGCCACUAUCUAUGCAGUGUUGUUAUAGUUUGUUUAUUUCU